AUGCAUCGAGAGUAUGGGUGGAGUAUAGUUUUUUAAUGCAGUGGUUUUAAAUGUAUGUAAAGCGUGUCCGGUCCAUCCAGGCGCCUGCGGCUCCUGGACCAGCAGAACCAGGAAUUAGGUGGACAGCGCGCCAGGAAAGUUUGCCCCCGGAACUGCGCUUUCGGCGGCUCGGACCCUCGGCUUCAUAAAAUGGCUGGCUGUGGGUCCGAGGAAGCUGUGGUACCGAGGAGGACAAGAUCCGUUCCAGCUGCGAACUGACACGUUUUUCCGCUUCGACUGAGUUGUGAUGCUGCUGUCCCAGAAAUAGUUAUGCCCCAAAAUGGAAUCUCAGUUGGCCUCAGUCCUAACAAGUGGCAGCCUGGAAGUCCAAAAUGGCAGCCAGCGUGCAGAGGCACCGGGGCCCGUGACAGAGGUCGUUUUGGACCCAAAGAAUAAAAAAAUCCCGUCCGGGACCAAACCAGGUAACCUCAAGUCCUGCUCCAUUAGAGCUGCGGUGACCAUCAUCAGGCGAGAUGCUCAAUCAGUCAACAGGGAACAGGCAGAGGUGGGCGGGACCUCUGAGCCGGUCUCUCAGGAAACCAGUAAGAUUGCUGGGAUCAGGGAGCCAAUUACAGUGAAGCAUGGGGUGCCGGUCCUGGGGAAGCAACCAAUUAGGAUCAGAAUUGUUGUCCCUCCGCAGUGUAAGAGGCCAAUCACAAACUGUGCUAUCAUCCCGGCAAAGGACCGUGCUGGGUCGCAGUUUAGGGAACCUGCUUUGGUUUCUGCUGAAGGCCCUAUCACAGAGAACAUCAGUGGGCAAGCCCUUAUUUCAUCUGUGGGGAAUAAAGAAGAGUUCAUUGAUGAUGCCCCUGAGACAGAGAGAAAGGUUAAGACCAAACACAUGGACGGGUCAGAGACUGAUUUAAUCUCAAACACAGAUGCAGUUAAAUUAUUGAGCCAUCACUGGAUUAAAGAGGAAUCUACAGAGAGAGAAACUGGGCAAAAUAUUCCUCUAAUUGUGCAAGAAGCUGACUGCAGAUCUUUGAGAACUUUCAGUGAGGCAGAGAUGGAGGAGCAGAAGGAGCCGUUGGAUCUGAGUCUGCCCAAGAAAAGAGAGAGGAUCUGCGGCCACUUUCUGGAGAAUCCCGGCUGCGAGAGCCCCUUGAUUAUGGAGGUGGAUGAGUUUGAGGGAGACGGAGACAGAGACAUGGUGGAGGAAGACUGUAGUGAGGGAACAGAGGACUUUUCUUCUUCUGUCCUUACAUCUCUGUCUUCAGGAGACUGUGACAAUGAAAACCUCUUACUCAUUGACGACCAGGGAAUCCCAUAUACUCUUAGUCCAGAGGGACUCAAAGUGCCGCAGAUUGAUGCUUCCUUUUUAGGGGACCAUCAGUCAGAUCAGGUUCAUUUGGCACAGGAGGAAGAAGAAGACAGGUCAUCAGAUUUGGUAGGUUCAAGCUUUAGCCAAAGUCUAGAGAAUGCACUAAUUGCACCUUCUGAUGAUUUUCCUGCCAGCGAUCUGUCACCACAACUCAGUGAUCAGAUAAAUUUGAUGACAAACUCUGAUGCUUCAGCUGCUCCAGAGUUGAAUAUCAAAGCUGCUCAGGAGACUAACGAAGCCGUGCCCCCUUCAUCUGUGAUGAACCAAACCAACCAAACCAUUCAGAUCUUGACCAACCCUUCAACCAGUGCUCCUCUCCUCCUUCUGUCUUCCACCUCCUCCUCCCCUCAGCUCUCCUCGCCUCCAGUUGGCCUCUCGCUUCCCCUUUCAGUGACCUCACUGGGUGCUUCCACGCCCAUGUUACUCCUCCUCUCCUCUGUACCCUCUACAUCUAUUGAUUCCACCCCUACCUCCACCUCCAUUGCUGUUCUUGACCUCUCAACUGGUCAGCUGUCCCAGGUUACCACAGCCUCAGCUCAAGUGUCACUUCCUUUGUGUUCUGGUCAGGUCAACACACUUGGAUCACCUCUUCCCACCUUUUCCAACCCCGUAAUCAGACUGGACCCCAGCAGUUCACCUCUCAUCCUGUCAGGUGUUAAUAGUGUGGCCUCCGGCCCCGUCUUCACCUCCCUCGCUGUCCCAACGCCCACCGUCUCUCUGCAGGACAGCCACCUCAGCACAGCGAACCUUAUCCAAACUCAGAUCUGCUACUCUCAAUCAAAUCCAGGAAGCGAAGCCAUAUCUACUGAAGAAGUCACCAGUGAAAACAUCAAGCCAUCAACUUUUGCAGCCUCCUCUGCACAGUCGCAGUCUCCGACAUGCAACCCCUCAGCUCUACAUGCUUCGGAGGCAGCGGCCCAAUCACCAGCCUCAGAAUCCAAGUUUGACUCUUCUGAUAUCCACUCAGAGCACCUUCCUCUGGACGACCACCUUUACUUCUCCAACACCGCAGCUCCUCCCCCUCCUUCUCCUUCACCUCCCAUCGGACCCCUCCUCCCUUCGGGAAAGCUGGACUCCCUCGACGCCCUGGACCCCCUCUCUCCAGCGGAGUCUCCCACCAACCUGGGCUCCCGAAGGGUGCUCUGCUGCCAGCUGUGCCCGCGGAUCUUCUUUUACCUCUCCGACCUGGAGCGCCACGCCAUCACUCACUCGCAGAAGAAGCCUCACGUUUGCCAGCAGUGCGGUAAAGCGUUCAAACGCUCCAGCCAUCUGCAGAGACACAAGCACAUUCACACAGGCCAGAGGAACUUCGUGUGCCCCAUCUGCACCAAACGUUUCAGGGAGGCCGGUGAGCUCCAGCGCCAUCAGCGGGUGCACACCGGAGAGAAACCCUACCAGUGCCAACUUUGCCACACGCGCUUUGCCGAGCGCAACACCCUGCGGCGGCACACCAAGCGCAAACACCCGUUUCACCAGGUGGCAGUGGAAAUGCUGAACGAGAGAAAAGACAGAGGAGAUGGGGCAGGAGGCGCUGGCAGAGGAGGGGUGCAAGAGGAAGAGGAGAGCGCUGAGUGGUACAGCUCUGCCGUAUCCACUCUGGAUAACUCUGAGUCUGAAGUGGACACUGCUAACUGAAGGAAGAGACGCUGAAAGGGACGAUCAUCACCACUUAGGGGCUAAACUUUGACAUUCAAAGAAGGGAGCACUUUCAAUAUUUAUUCCAGUUUUAGAUGUAAAGUACAUGAAUGUGCAUUAUUUUAAUUAAUGGGCCAAAAUCAAACAAGUAAGACUUGAUUUUGAUUUUAUGUUUUGCAUAAAAGUUAAAGCUCCUAAGACUUCAAAUGUUAUUUAAAAUAUCAACAUAUAAAUAUGCGUUUUCAUGCAAUCUGUGAUAAAUCCCUAAAGUGCUCAGAAAAGAAAGAUUAUUUAGUCUAAACAGAUCUCUGCUUUAGUUGUACAUAGAAAGAGAACUAUUUGUAAAAGCUGCACUUCUGCACUAUCUCAUAUGAAAGAUGUGAUCUUUCCUACCGUCAGAGACACUGUGAGUUGUUUGCACUUGUUUGAUUUGAAUUCAGAAUUCAGUUUUUCACAUACCAAGGAGGAAGUUUCUUCUUUAUGUUUAAGGGACUGAUUUUAUCCAUAUCCAGUAAGAUUAUGACCAAAUGGUUUUGGGUUAAUCUAACACAAUAACUAGAUUCUUUUUCCAGAUGUGAUUUAUGUUAAUUUAUUGGAAUAAAAUAUUUGCAACCAUA